AGCCUCGAGCAGCCAGUUACGUCAGUGAGACGCGAAGAAGAAGCAGACAUGCGCAGAGCACUCUAGAAACAACAUGGCGUUCAAAACAAUAGCUUGAUUAGCAUGCGUGCGUGGCUAUCCGCCGUCUGGUCCACCUACUUUACACAUGUUUACUCUACUGUUGCACGAUAGGUGGUCUGUAAAAUGUCUAACUCUACCUGGUCCCAACAAAUACUCCAGCUCCUCCGCCGAAUGAAUAACUUUUAUUUACCAGGCUCCCGUCGUUCUGAAUGCUUGAGGUUUGAGGUUAACGGAGCACAGGUGGGCUGGGUUCCUCCACACGUUGCUUCGGUGUUGACACGGUACCCGAAAGUGUUCUGUCCUCCGCGCCGGGGCGCGCUUUCGCUGUGCCCGAGCUGGGACUCAAACGAGACGAGGUCCGCGGCCGUGGACUCAGUCCUGCGAACCGAGAGACAGGAGGGCUCCCUGACGUGUCUGAAAGGGUGGAGGGACGAGAAGUACAGUGUGAUGCCAAAAUUCUUCGACCCUCCUUUGAUGUGGAUGGAAAGAGCAGCUACAAGUCUCUUUGGAGUCAAGCGGUACGGAGUGCACGUCAACGGCUACACGAUUGGGAACAGCGGCGAAGUUAGCAUGUGGCUGGCCCGACGCUCCCUCACUAAGCAGACAUACCCCGGACUUCUGGACAAUGUGGCAGCAGGCGGUAUCGCAGCUGGUGUUAGUAUCAAAAACACUCUGGUCAAAGAAUGUCAGGAGGAAGCGUGUAUCCCAGCAACCCUUGCAGAAAAGGCUUGCCCUGUAGCCAAUGUAAGUUCUGGGAAUGCACAACUCUCAACAGAGAUGAAAUCCAGCCAAAGACGAGUUACACCUACAUGGACGAGGAGGGGGUGUUCGCAGAAAGUCAGUUUGUCUUCGAUUUGGAACUUCCUCUGGACUUCAAGCCUCGAGCAGGUGAAGGAACUGCUGGCCACUGAUGACUUCAAACCCAACUGUGCCAUGGUGGUCUUGGACUUCCUCAUCAGACACUCGUUUAUUGACCCAGAUACAGAGCCAUGCUAUCAGGAAUUUGUGGCAGGACUCCAUCAGACGUUAUAGACUGCAACUGAGGACUAAUUCUACUCUAAUUUAUUGACGAGGCAUUCAUUUUUAAUUUCUCCAUGCUGAGAGGGCUCAAUCUCAGGGUUUCCAAAAAAUAUGGAUUGGGGACAGUGGAAAAAAAUUGGGAUGAAAUUUGAGGGAGAAAUACCCUGCUAGAGUUUUAAUUAAACCUUUUUGACAACAUAAACAUUACAGGUGCCGUGGUGUUUCACUGCCACGAUUGGAAGCCGAGGGCACUGCGGCUCCUCCCAAGUAACGCUCUUGUGGGCAUACACUGGUUUUUACAACGUCCAAAUCCAAAGUCCAAAUCCAUGAUUAGUUAUGAUGGAAUUAUUCACAUUGUACCAUACUAUUUGUAUUUAUCUAUGUGCCCACAGGAGUUAACUUUGAAUGGAUUGGGUACAGAAUAUCUUCUACGUAUGUGGUGAUUUUGUCAUUUGAGCAUUGAGUAAGACCUAGUUUUGUGCAUGAAAAUGCUGUAUCAUAUUAUUUUGGACAGGUUUGUGGUGAGCCUUUGUCCCAUGAUCCAAGUGCAGCAACCCAACGGUUGUUGUCAAAAAUGUCAAAAGAUGCAGGGAAUUUUGCUCUUAUAACCUGGACGUCUUGCCAUUGGUGGAGCUUGUCUUUCCAAAAUUUCGGUAAAUGGGAAUUGGUGUCCUCCAUAUCCUCAACUAUUUGUUCUCCUAAUAUUUGAUUGUAUCUUUUUUUAUGCAUUAAGAGAGAGUCGCACAUUUUGCUCUGAUUGGUUCCAGGUGAUGUUUUCACAAACCAACAAGGUGUCUCUUACGGAUCUAUUAUUUGUGAGAAUGACAAUAAGGUCCCCCAUAUGCAAACUGAACCUGCAAACGGGAGGCCUAUGAUAUCUUUUGCUUGCCUUACGUCACAUGUAAUGGGCUCAAUUGCAGGGAUGAACUUGUAAGGGGAAAGUCGACAACCCCGUUGAACACUCAGUUUGACUUUGAAAGGUGCUCUAUUUUUUUCUCUAUUUACCAAAGCUGCGCUAGUAAUGUCAGUAUACAGCAAAUAUAGCCAUGUUGGAAAUAUUUUGCCAAAACUGAGCUUGAACAAAAUAACUUAACUUAUCAGUACUAGUGACCAAAGGCCUUCUCCAAGAGGCAAAGAGGAAGGUUGCCAUCUUGGGAAAACAGGAUCUCUGAUCUCUGACUUGGGGUAGGCUGUUAGACAUGGACCAGCCUUGAACCCCACAUGUUUUGUCUAUAUCGACCAUCUGAUUAAAUACUGGUUGCUUAAUGUCAACUCUUAGCAAAGCAAAAUUAUUGCAGUUUUUCAGGUCCACUCCUUCUUCUAUUAUGAAAAGAAGGUUGAUAACCUCGAAAUACUUUCCUUGAACACUUGCAACAAAGGGUCUUUAAGCUGGUUACAAAAGAAUUAUACAUCUUUGAGUGAACUGUGAGAAGCUGGAAAUCUAUGACUAUGCUCUUCAUCGCUUCGGUUCCCUCACUGAUUGUCAAGUCUCAUUGGAGAAAAUAUUAGUUUUGUGAAUAAGUGAGACAAAAAGAAACUUGCUGUCAAUGAUAACUCCUUGAGAAAUGCUAAUCUCUUUUCCCCCCCAGACACGUGAAGGGAAAUAGUAGCGUUGCAACUUUGCCUCUUUUUUGCUGCUUUUGGUUUUUACCUUCAGCCUGAAAAAAACAUUGUUUUAUCUUUAAUAUGCUCCCACCACAAAGGCUGCAAGGUGAACCAUUGAUUACAUUGUCCUCACAUCUCGGUGGUCUAAUAGGCUUGUUAAGUUUCCAGGGGCCUGUUUAUUACCCUACAUUUGGUUUUAUUCCCAUCUAAAUCCAACAAUAGCUGUCAACCAACACCCGUGAGAGCCAGUCAAAUGCAUGAACUGAAAUAAAGACAAAUCAUGUGA